AUGGAAGUUUUAGUUCAAGCAGCAGAGACAUCAAGUGCAAACAUGCAAAUUGCAGUUUCAGUGCAAGCAGAGACAGUAGCAGAAUUGACAGAUUCAGACUUUAGUGAUAGUGAUUUCAGCAUUGAUGAGGGAGAUGAUGAUCUGUUUGAUGAAUACAUUGAUUUUGGUGUGGAUGAAGAGGAGCAAGAAGAGAUAGAUGAUGAGCCUGAAUAUGUACUUGAGGAUGAGGACCUUGAUUUGUCAAGAGAAGAAGAAGAAAACCUGAAAUACAAGUUUAGUGCUUUCAAUGCAAAGGUGGACAUGGACUCUCCUAUAUUCAGAGUAGGCAUGGUCUUUGCAGACGUGAAGCAACUGAGGCAAGCUCUGAAUGCAUAUUCAAUAAAGAAUAGAGUUGAGAUCAGGAAGAUAAAGAAUGAAAAAACCAUAUUGGAGGCAAUGUGCAAGCCUGGUUGUCCAUGGCUUCUUAAAGCUGGAUUGGACAAUAGGACAAGAGGCUUUGUCAUAAAGGUUUAUGCCGCAGUCCACAAGUGUCAGAAGGCAUGGGAGUUGAAAGCACUGACAUCCAAUUUCCUUACAAAAUUUUUCAUUGAUGAAUUCAGGGAUGACCAAAAGAUGGGCCUUGGCACAUUUUCAAGGAAGGUUACAAAUGAGCUUCACAUUACUGUCAACAGAUGGAAGUUAGCUAGGGCUAGGAAACAAGCUCUGAAGAUAAUUCAUGGGGAUGAGGAUGAACAGUUUAGUAAGUUGUGGGACUAUGGUCAGGAACUGGGGACAUGUAACCCUGGCUCCACAUUUCUUGUGUCUACUCAUGUUGUGACAAAUGAACAGUACCCAAUGGGCAGAAAAUGUUUGAAAUUAGUGUAUUGGUCUUAUGAUGCUUGCAAAAGAGGUUGGCUUCAGGGAUACAUGCCUAUUAUAUUUGCUGAUGGGUGUCAUAUGAAGACCAAGUACAAAGGGGUGUUGCUGACUGCUGUUGGCAUAGAUCCUAAUGACUGCAUAUUCCCUCUGGCCGUGGGUUGGGUUGAAGUUGAGUGUACUAGUGCUUGGGAAUGGUUUUUAACCACUCUUAGAGAUGAUCUUAAUAUCAUAAACACUUCACCUUUCACAGUCAUGAGUGACAAGCAGAAGGGAUUAAUAAAUGCAGUGAUAAAAGUGUGGCCAGAUGCAGAACACAGGUUUUGUGUGAGGCACAUUUAUCAAAACUUCCAUGAGAAGCACAAAGGAUAA